AUGGGUUCUGUGAAGACCGCAAAUUUGCCUAUUAUUCCCUUGGCGAAAGGUACAGUCCUGCUCCCUGGGAUAGUCCUUCGCAUACCAGUAUCUGGUCAACGAACAGAUAUUCCGGCCUUGCUCUCGGGCGUUUACAGUAGAGCGGCUUCAACUACACCGAGUCAAAGAUUGGACAAUGUCAAUAUCGCCUGCGUUCCUUAUAACUCGCCAUUCCUCACUCAAGAUGGACAGAAGAUGAUUACCGGAGAAGAGCGAAACCCACGAUCCAAGGAACGAUCAGAUAUCAAGCCAUCGAGUGCUACAAAGGAUGAUCUGUUUGGAUAUGGAGUGGCUGCCAAAAUAUCUGGGGUGGAGGGCACAACUGGUCGUUCGGGAGAAUUCGCCUUGUUGGUAGAAGGUGUGGCCAGGAUCAAGGUGGACAGAAUAACACAAGAAAGACCAUUCCUUGAAGGAGAAGUUACAUAUCUAUAUGAUGAAGAUGUAUCUGUUGAAGAUAUUGCUAUCCAGGAACUUUUCGCACAUCUCAAACAACUAUCACGAGAACUUUUGAUCCUCUUACGGGUUUCCUCACUGCUGCCCCGCACUUCUUCUGGGCUUUCUCCAGUACUUGCCCGUCGCCUUGAAGUAUACAUAGCAAAGAAGGAUAUAUCAGACGCUGGUACUUUAGCCGAUUUUAUGACGAAUGUGGUCGAGGCAUCGUUGGAGGAAAAGCUACUUGUUUUAGCUGCGCUCUCAACUAAAGAUCGCCUCGAAAAAGCAAUUGUUUUACUUCAACGCCAGGUGAGCACCAUCAAAAACAAUGUCAGAAUCACAACCGUCACGACCUCCAAUAUCCCCGCAAAUAUAGAUAUUGAGCAAUUGAACAAAGUGAACGGGUAUCGUAUGCGAAGACCUGGGAUGUCGGGUGUGCCUCUGCCUCCCGGUAUGGUAGGGAAUGGUGGAUCUCAGGAUGAUGAACAAGAACUGGAUGAGAUGGCGGAGCUUAAGAAGAAGAUCGAUAAUGCAAAGAUGACCCCUGAAGCAGCCAAGGUUGCAGAUCGAGAAUUCAAGAGAUUGAAGAAAAUGUCACCAGCUCAGGCUGAGUAUCAAGUCUGCCGGAAUUAUCUGGAGAACUUGGCUGAGAUACCGUGGACUGAGAUGACUGAAGAUCAACUUGGCGUCGAUACAUUAUCGAGGGCUCGCAAACAACUCAAUGACGAUCAUUAUGGGCUGGAGAAGGUCAAGAAGAGGUUACUCGAGUAUCUGGCGGUUCUCAAACUCAAACAAAAUAUCAAUGAUGAUAUUAAUUCACAACUUGCCAAGGCAGGAGAAGAAAAUGCAACAGCUAAACUCGAAAAUCUCGAGAACAAGAGGAUGUUCGAUAAAUCGCCGAUUCUACUUCUUGUUGGCCCCCCAGGAGUAGGCAAGACAAGUUUAGCGAAGUCAAUUGCUAAUGCCCUAGGCCGAAAAUUUCACCGAAUAUCUCUGGGCGGUGUUAGGGAUGAGAGUGAAAUACGAGGCCACCGCAGAACAUACGUGGCAGCAAUGCCCGGCUUGAUAGUGAAUGGCCUGAAAAAGGUCGGAGUGGCAAAUCCUGUCAUCCUGCUUGAUGAAAUUGACAAGGUUGGCACGUCUAACUUCCAUGGCGACCCUUCGGCUGCCAUGCUUGAAGUUCUAGAUCCCGAGCAAAACCAUACAUUCACGGAUCACUAUGUCAAUAUACCAAUCGAUCUUAGCAAGGUCCUUUUCAUUGCCACCGCGAACAGUUUAGAUACCAUCCCCCCACCAUUACUUGAUCGCAUGGAGACAAUCAGCUUGUCAGGAUACACGACACUUGAGAAGAGACAUAUCGCUUUGCAGCAUCUAAUCCCAAAGCAGAUUCGCACAAAUGGGCUCGGAGAUGGACAGGUCAAGUUCAACCAAGAUGUUGUGUCUAAGAUCAUCGAAUCCUAUACUCGCGAAUCAGGUGUCCGUAACCUUGAGCGUGAGAUUGGAUCCGUAUGUCGUGCCAAGGCGGUAGAAUAUGCGGAGGCGAAGGACUCGGGACAUACGGAGAAGUACAAACCACAACUUUCCGUGGAAGACGUGGAGGAAAUCUUGGGUAUCGAAAAGUUUGAUGAAGAGAUUGCUGAAAAGACAAGUCGUCCAGGGAUUGUCACAGGUCUCGUGGCCUAUAGUUCUGGCGGGAACGGCAGUAUACUUUUCAUCGAAGUGGCGGACAUGCCAGGGAGCGGCAGCGUGCAGCUAACAGGGAAAUUGGGCGAUGUACUAAAAGAGAGUGUCGAGGUCGCACUAAGCUGGGUGAAAGCUCACGCGUACGAGCUGGGUUUGACGCAUGACCCAUCGGAAAACAUCAUGAAGAAGAGGAGUAUCCAUGUGCACUGUCCUUCAGGGGCUAUCCCAAAGGAUGGCCCAUCUGCCGGUAUGGCACACACCAUUGCACUUAUUUCGUUGUUCUCCGGCAAGGCCGUGCCCCCCACCAUGGCAAUGACGGGUGAGAUCUCCCUGCGUGGACGUGUUACUGCCGUAGGAGGUAUCAAGGAGAAGCUCAUUGGAGCUCUUCGUGCCGGUGUCAAGACUGUAUUAUUACCAUCACACAAUAGAAAGGAGCAAGUUCUUCCUCCUCUCGAUUUCGCCAGCACACUAACAAUAUUCAGUGUCAGAGAUGUUCCACAAGAAGUCAAGGAUGGUCUGGAGAUCAUUUACGUCAGACACAUUUGGGAAGCAAUGCGAUACGUCUGGCCUGAAGCACAUUGGCCGGGGGAGGAGAAUUUCGCGGGUAUUGAAAGUCGUUUGUGA